CUCAGGCAAUCAUCGGUAGCAGCAGUCCGGCGAAGGAGUAACAAUGUCGACGAUGUACAAUAAGACCAUGUCGGCCCAGCAGGCCCACAAGGAACACGUUCUGGCCGUUUCGCGAGAUUUCAUCUCCCAGCCACGAUUGAUUUAUAAAACCGUGUCUGGUGUCAAUGGGCCGUUGGUCAUCCUGGAUGAGGUGAAGUUCCCGAAGUUUGCCGAAAUUGUACAGCUGCGCUUGAGCGAUGGCACAAUCCGUUCCGGACAGGUGCUGGAAGUCAGCGGCUCGAAGGCCGUCGUCCAGGUGUUCGAGGGCACGUCUGGCAUUGACGCCAAGAACACUGUGUGCGAGUUCACCGGUGAUAUCCUGCGUACUCCCGUAUCAGAAGAUAUGUUGGGCCGUGUGUUCAACGGAUCCGGCAAACCCAUCGAUAAGGGUCCGCCAAUCCUGGCCGAAGAUUUCCUCGACAUUCAGGGUCAACCGAUCAACCCGUGGUCGCGUAUCUACCCGGAGGAAAUGAUCCAAACCGGUAUCUCCGCCAUUGACGUGAUGAACUCGAUUGCCCGUGGUCAGAAGAUUCCGAUCUUCUCGGCUGCUGGUCUGCCGCACAAUGAAAUCGCCGCCCAGAUUUGUCGUCAAGCCGGUCUGGUAAAGCAAACGGGUAAGUCGGUACUGGAUGAGCAUGAGGACAACUUCGCUAUCGUGUUCGCUGCUAUGGGUGUGAACAUGGAGACGGCCCGUUUCUUCAAGCAGGACUUCGAAGAGAACGGUUCCAUGGAGAACGUGUGUUUGUUCUUGAACUUGGCCAACGAUCCGACCAUCGAGCGUAUCAUUACGCCACGUCUUGCCCUUACGGCGGCCGAAUUCUUGGCCUACCAGUGCGAGAAGCACGUGCUCGUCAUCCUGACUGACAUGUCCUCGUACGCUGAAGCUUUGCGUGAGGUGUCUGCCGCCCGUGAAGAAGUACCCGGACGUCGUGGUUUCCCCGGUUACAUGUACACCGAUUUGGCCACCAUCUACGAGCGUGCCGGACGUGUUGAGGGCCGCAACGGUUCGAUUACCCAAAUUCCGAUUUUGACUAUGCCGAACGACGACAUUACCCAUCCGAUUCCCGAUUUGACCGGUUACAUUACCGAGGGUCAAAUCUACGUCGAUCGACAGCUGCACAACCGUCAAAUCUACCCACCGGUGAACGUACUGCCGUCGUUGUCUCGUCUGAUGAAGUCCGCCAUCGGUGAGGGCAUGACGCGCAAGGAUCACUCCGACGUGUCCAACCAGCUGUACGCUUGCUACGCCAUCGGUAAGGACGUGCAGGCCAUGAAGGCUGUCGUCGGUGAGGAGGCACUCACUCCGGACGAUCUGCUCUACCUGGAGUUCCUGACCAAGUUCGAAAAGAACUUCAUCUCGCAGGGUAACUACGAGAACCGCACCGUGUUCGAGUCGCUCGACAUCGGCUGGCAGCUGCUGCGUAUCUUCCCCAAGGAGAUGCUCAAGCGUAUUCCGGCUUCGAUCCUUGCCGAGUUCUACCCGCGAGACUCCCGUCACUAAGCGCGUCGUUUGCUCUGUUCGUAUUGUUGUUCUUUGACAGUAGAUGUAGUGCUAAGUCUUGUGGUUGGUACGGUUUCCUUUUUAACUUACUGGUAGAAAAAAAUGGUAUUUGUAUAUAAUGGUACGGACCGAACAAGACACAAUAAGAUAAUCCACCCAAUGCAUUCCUUUCGCGUUCAGAAUUAAUGGAUUUAUCUCUUCUGUCCGUACUAUCGGUAGCAUCUCACUUGAAGAUCCUGCUCUUCAUGUAUCGUUUCAUACGAUCGUGCCACUUAUGGUGCGUGUGUGUGUGUGUAAGUGCGUUUUGUCGGCCUUGUUUUUACGUUUUGCUCCCCCGUAAGACGACACGACACGAGAUAAUACUUUGACUGCGGUUUUGAAAAAUCAAUCGAUAGUCUUGGGCUAAAAUGUUUCCUUUUCGCGUGAAAUUUGAAAAGCAACUCCGGUUGUUCCUUAACGCAACUUCAGCUUCCUGUCAACCAUCGAGAUGAUCGUACGUACAGAAGAUGCGAGCGUUGGAGUCGUUUCUUUGCAUAAAAAAACUUAUCCAAACCAAGCCAACAAAGGGAAAACCAACAUCAACAACCAAAUCGACGACGACAACGACGAAAGAAGCCAAGGGUCGCACGAAUAGCAAAGAAACCCAUCGCUCGCAUCGUCAGGACACGCUGUACGGAGACCGUAAACAGCAUCCGUUCUUCGCCCGCUGCUCCCGAAUGUGCGUACUGUAACGGAUUUGAACAUCGUACCACCGCGAAGAGAACAUCCUUCGCUUCCGUGGGGUCACUCGAUCGGACGGCAUACCUCGCUCUAGUUGCAUUAAAGAUCUACGGAAAUGUAUUAGCUCAACAUCAUCGUCAAACGGCAGGAACGAGCACACGGUGGGAGUAAAUUAAACAUGCGAUCAGCACGUAUAACAGCGGCUCGAAUGUAGAAUGGAAAAGGAGAGUUGAUCCUUGCUGUAGAGGAAAAACAAUGGCACGCACACAAAAAUUAUCUACACACUCCGGUAUACAUAUAAUCAUAUACAUUGCUACCGAGCAAAUUAUCUUUAUUUUGUUGCUAAGCUAAGGAGAAGCAAUGGGUUCCCGUUGUGCCCGAUCUGGAGUUCGCGGCCAACGAUCCAUGUUUUAUUAAUCACCCCAUCUUCGUUAGUGUUUGUUAAGAGCAUAGCUAAGGCGUUUCCUUUUUACAUAUUUCUUCGAUAUAUAAUUUUUUUUGUCGUUUGUAAGGAAUGUUUCGUAAAUUUAUAGUAAUUGUUUUUUUUUUCUUUCUUGCUACGGUAACCCCGAAAGAGCACUUCGUUUGGAUCCGAUGGAUAUUGCAUUCUUUCAGCACGGUAUAUAGCAGCUUGCAUUCAUUAGCCUGCUAGCGGAUUCCACUAUGGCUAACCGUUACAGUUGGUAAUUUUGCGAGCUAGAAGCACAUCGGUACACCGUUCCGACACUUCCCUUUCCAGGCAGAUUCCAUUUGCCCGUUGCUUCGGACAUGCCAUCUUACGUCAACGUACAAAAUGCUUUUGCAACGAUACCCCCCUUUUACUAGACCACGUUUUUGCGGAAGUGACGGGAUGGAAGCGCUUGGCUGUGAAAGGGUAUUUUUUUUAAGAUCCUUUCGUCGGUUCGUGCGUGUCGGUGUGUGCCAAUGCUUGCUCAUUCACUCAAACAAACGUUUGCCAUAGUGUAGCUCGAAGCGAGGUGUUAGUCCUUGAGGCAGUGUUGCGAAUAUGUCGGUUACAGAUCGAAUUCGUUGUCUUUCGUACAGGCGAGGGAGUUUGGUUUUAUUUGGGUGCGCCUGUGCAACGUUACUUAUGAUAUACUGUCCAUAAAGUAAGGCUCUACCGAACACGGAACAGCGUAACAUUUCGGUCCGUACGUUUUGCGAUAUUAUUAUAACAACUUGAUGAAUCCCUCCUCCCAAUGAGGCAAAUGAAUGUAGAAAGCAAAAUUAUUUCCAGCACCGCUCGGAAGAAGAUAUCUAAACAUGCUAGCGCUGAAUGUAGAGAACUCAAUGCCGGCAGUGGGAAGGGAAGCGAAAUUCACAACCUGCAACUGCGACACGACGUGUCCCCCCGACCGGGUCGUAGAUGUGUUACAUAUUAUAUAUUGAAGAUGCACUGCGAACCGAUCGCGGUUAGAGAAAAUAAAACAAUAUUAUUGCUGUAUUAUUACUACUAUGCACGAUCAAGAAGCAACAAUGUUUAAAGAAGAAUCAAUGGCAAAUUACGUACUGCGGGCGCAACUAUGCCGAUGUAAGCAGAUGUAAGUGUGCAAAUAUGUCAUCCUGUAUUAGGUCCAUCGUUGAGAAUGAUAAGAAUAAAGUGUAAAGUC